AUGCGCCCGCGUCAGGGAGUGCGGAAGCCUGGAAAGAGCAACUCAAAGUCAAAGGCUCCUCAUGAAGCCUCGAAGUCGAAAGAGGAGUUGGUGCAGGAAGAGAAGGCGCAGGAGGAGCUGGGGGACGAGGGGGGAGAGGAGGAAGAGGGGGAGGAGUGGGAGGAGGAGGAGGAGGAGGAGGAGCAGGAGGAGCUGGGAGCUCCGGGGCUUCUAGGGAAGAGUGAUGGGGAGGGCAAGCAGCAGGAAAGCCCUGAGUCGUUGAAGGAAGAUGAGUUCUGGAAGGCCUUCGACCUCAGUGUAGGCUUUGACGAAGACUCACUGGAAUUUCGUCCCCGUCUAAUUAGCGUGGUCAGCCCCAGCCUGAGCUCUACGCCCCCGCCCAGCAAGGUGUCCAGCCCCUCAUGGAGCGAGGAGGAGCCGCUGCCGCUGCCGCUGCCGCGGCGCAGCGAGGGCUCUCCUUCUGCUUCCAGCAGCGCCUCGUCCCGCAAAAGCUAUCCCAAAAUAUUUCAGACAUUUAAGAAAGACUUGUCUGAAGUGACUGUAGAUAGACAUCUGUACCCAAGUUUGUAUGAAAGAGUUCAGAUAUCAGUACAAACAGAAGAUGAAAGUUGGCUUCAACGAAUUUCUGCUAGAAAGCAAAUAAAAAGAAUACCAUCCAUUGAGAUAACAGAAGCACCCCCAGAAAGUCCAGCUUCUAAGUUAAGAGGAAAGUGGGUAAUUAAUCCUGAAGAGCCCAAGCUAAGUAUUUUGUGCGAGAUGGAGUUUCAUGAAGACUUUGUAAAUUUGUUUGAAGCUUCUCUGAGGACGUUACCCAGCAUUGGACCACCGGCCAUUCUGUCAUAUAGAAAAGAGUACUCCUAUAUGGGUGUUACCUUUAAGGAUGAGCAAGAGGUGCAACCCACGUGUGAAUUUUGUGGAAGUGACCUACAGUCCUUGUUUUUUAAUAUGGACACGUCCUCUGACGACAUUCAAACCAAACGAAAAUCAUAUAAAAGCUGCUGUCUUCAGUUUCAAAAGCUUCUUGAUUAUAUCACUGAGGAAAUGCUAACCACCAAAACCCCUCCGAUGGAAUUAAUUAGUAUCUCGCCUCAUGCAGCACACGGCAGUGAAGUCGACAGGCUCAAGGCGAAGGAAAAGGCUAUGCAGAGAAAACAAGAGCGUCAGAUGGCCAGACACUUUGCGAUAAUAUCACAGGAUCAGAGCCCUCCUCCGGUACCUGAAGAAGAUCCAAAGCAUCUGAAGACAAUUUCUUACCAGCUCUCUGUAGAUAUACCACAUCACGUGCCCACUGAAGACAAAAUUGAUGUUCAGAUCACUAACGUCUCCAUCACUUGCUAUGAUUCCUGGAAAACAUGUGGAAAGGUCAUAAGGAGUGAACUCCUGGAAAAGAACUACAAGCACGGAAGCAAGUUUCUCACUUCCUUUCCCGACGGGACGAGACAAAUAUUCUAUCCAUCUGGAAACCUAGCAGUUAUCCGAGUGCCCAACAAGACAGACGGCUUUAUUUGCAUAAUCCAAGAGGACAUGCCCACCAGCCCUGCGAUCCUGGCACUGUUUGACUCCUCUGGCAAAAGCUCCUGCUAUCACCCCAAUGGAAAUGUCUGGGUAUACAUCAACAUCUUGGGAGGCCAAUACUUGGAUCAAGCGGGCAACAGGAUACGAACUUGGAACUGGUCAAGCACCGUGCCUUCCUCAUCCUUUGUCUCCUUCAAACCUGUCUUUCUGGCUCUGAACCAUUACAUCGGAAUUCGAAUCCUAGAACAAGACAAGGUCUCCAUUAAUUUUCUAGCUAUGGGCCAACAGGCAACCAUCAGCCUUGGAACCAAAGUAAUGCUCCACGAUCCAGAGGAGGUUCCCGCGCUGUGGUUCCUGAGUGGAGACGACCUUCUGCUGUUGGCCACCUUAAUAAAGAUCCGGCGGCUGUUUCAUAAGCUGGAAGGAUGCAUGAAUUUCCCCACAAGUCAGGCUUGGGGAAAAUUAAAGCAACCUCCCUACCUUUCUACACUCUCUCUAAAACUACUUGCCCUCUGUCAUAAUUCUGGUAUAAAUCAAAAUAUAGUGGAAACUAUUAUAGAUCUAAUAAAAGAAGAAGAGUAA